AUGCGGCCGUCUUCGUCCGUCGCGUCAUCGGGGGACACGGCGCCACCGCGCCUGUACUUCAUCCCGUUUCCGACACCGGGACACGCGCUGCCGAUGUCCGACCUCGCCCGCCUCUUCGCGUCCCGCGGCGCCGACGCCACGCUCGUCCUGACUCACGCCAACGCCGCCAGGCUCGGUGGCCCCGUCGCCCGCGCGGCCGCUGCGGGCCUCUGCAUCCGCAUCCACGCGCUCACGCUGCCAGCCGAGGCGGCCGGGCUCACGGGUGGCCACGAGAGCGCCGACGACCUCCCCAACCGCGAGCUCGCCGGGCCUUUCGCCAUCGCCGUAGACCUUCUUGCGCCGCUCUUCACUGACCUCCUGCGCCGCCACCCUGCCGAAGCUGUCGUGUUCGACGGCGUCCUCCCCUGGGCUGCCACGGCUGCUCCCGAGCUCGGCAUCCCGCGGUACGCGUUCACCGGCACGGGGUGCUUCGCCCUCUCGGUGCAGCGUUCUCUGCUGCUCCACAGCCCGCAGAACGGCGUGGCGUCGGACACCGAGCCGUUCCUCGUGCCGGGACUCCCCGACGGGGUGCGGCUCACCAGGUCGAGGCUCGCCGAGGCGACGCUCCCCGGCGCGGACUCGCGGGAGUUCUUGAACCGCAUGUUCGACGUCGAGCGUGCCACGGCCGGUUGGGUCGUCAACUCGUUCGCGGACCUCGAGCAGAGGUACAUCAAGCACUACGAGAAGGUCACGGGGAAGCCGGUGUUCGCCGUCGGUCCGGUUUGCCUUGUCAACGGCGACGGCGACGACACCCUAGAGCGCGGCCGCGGAGGGGAGGCCGCCGCCGCCGCCGAGGCCGCGCGCGUGCUCAAGUGGCUGGACACAAAGCCCGCGCGGUCGGUGGUGUACGUCUGCUUCGGCAGCCUCACCCGGUUCCCGCUCGAGCAGGUGUCCGAGCUCGGCAUGGGCCUCGCCGACUCCGGCGCGAACUUCGUCUGGGUCGUCGGGGACAAGAACGUGCCGCCGCUGCCGGACAUAGACGCCGCGGCGCCGGGCCGCGGGCUGGUGGUCAGGGGCUGGGCUCCGCAGGUGGCGGUGCUGCGGCACGCGGCGGUGGGCGCGUUCGUGACGCACUGCGGGUGGGGCGCGGUGACCGAGGCGGCGGCGGCGGGCGUCCCGGUGCUGUCGUGGCCCGUGUUCGCGGAGCAGUUCUACAACGAGGCGCUGGUGGUGGGGCUCGCAGGCACGGGCGUCGGCAUGGGCGCCGAGAGGGGGUACGUGUGGGGAGGCGAGGCGCUGGGCGGGGUGGUGGUGGGCAGGGAGGCGGUGGCGGAGCGGGUGCGCGGCGCGCUGGCGGACGAGGCGCUGCGGCGGAGGGCAGGGGAGAUCGGCGGGCGGGCGCGGCGCGCGGUGGAGGCGGGAGGGUCCUCGUACGAGGCCGUGGGCGCGCUGCUGGAGGAUGUGCUGCGCCCCGGACGCCGGAGCCAUGAUGGAGCUGGAGCGAGCGGACGGGACACCACGCGGGGGCAAGCCUCCGUCUCUACUCACUACGCUUCAGAGGGUGUUUAG